UAUCCGUAUUAUUGUGCUAAAAUGGAGGAUGUUUGUAUGGUCGUUCAAACAAAUCAAGAAGAAGAACACAUAAGGGAGAAAAUUGAUAGUUUAACUGGAAGAGAAGAAGAGGAAAGAAGGAGUUGUACAUACAUCAUCCUCUUUGUCUUCUUCUCGAUUUCCGUUCCUUUAAAUUUAUCCUUCCAUUUUUUAAACAGAAUUAUCCUAACAGACCCAUCAUUUUUGUGAUCGUUUACUCUUAAAUUUUCAACAAUAUCAGUUGUGAGAAAAGUAUAAUGAUAGAAAUAAAUGUACAGAGGCAGAUCAAAGGUGAGGUCAACUAUUCAAGUGAACCCAUUGCUUUUCGCAAUGCAAAAGAUAUAUAGAUUAUACCCAUUGUAAACUCACCGAAUCCAAUUUGAAUCCACCUCUAAAAUGUAUGUUUUAUGUGUCGCACAUUCUUUACUCUCAAGAUUUUGAUGUAAACUUCACGAAUGCAUGUUUAAUAUCAUUACAAAUUAAUAGCAAGCGUUUUUUUCAUUUUGGUUAAAACUGCCACCCAUAUGGACAACUGAAAAGGAGAGUAUUUUGAUUCGUAUUACAAGUCUGAAAAAAAAAUCAUGGCACCAAGCAAACUUAGAAAAGCAAUUGGGGUUGUCAAAGACCAGACAAGCAUAAGCUUGGCCAAGGUAGGGGGAAGCAACUGCUUGUCCGACUUAGAAGUUGCCAUUGUCAAGGCCACUAGACACCAAGAGUACCCGCCUGAGGAGAGGCACAUUCGAGAGAUUCUAAGCUUGACUGCUUAUUCUCGAGCCAAUAUUAGUGCCUGCGUCGACAAUAUUUCAAGACGUCUUGGCAAGACCAAGAACUGGGUUGUGGCGCUCAAGUCACUAAUGUUGAUCCAUAGGUUGCUCUCCGAUGGUGAUCCCUCUUAUGAGCAAGAGAUUUUCUUCGCCACGAGACAAGGAACCAGGCUUCUUAACAUGUCUGAAUUUCGAGAUGCAAGAUCUAAUUCAUGGGACUAUUCUGCACUUGUCCGUACCUAUUCUUUGUACCUUGACGAACAACUUGAGUAUAGGAUGCAGAGCCGUCGUGGAAAGCGCAGCGCCUAUGCCUACGAUGAUGAUUUAGAUGAUGUUGGUGCUGAUGCCGUUGUGGUGAAACCCACUCCCUUGAGAGAAAUGAAGAAUGAGGACAUUUUCUCAAGGAUCAAAUAUCUGAUACAACUACUUGAGCGAUUCUUAGCUUGUAGACCCGCAGGUUUGGCAAGGACCAAUAGAACUGUAUUCAUGGCUCUCUAUCCACUUGUGAAGGAAAGUUUUGAGAUAUACUAUGAAGUGAUAGAAAUAAUAACUAUCUUGAUUGAUAAGUUCCAUGAACUAUCAAUUCCCGACAAUGUGAAGGUUCACGAGAUUUUCUGCCGUAUUAACAAGCAAUACGACGAGCUUGAACAAUUCUAUAAUUGGUGUAAAACGGUUGGAAUUGGACAUUCUUCUAAAUAUCCAGACAUUGAGAACAUUCCACAGAAGAAACUUGACCUCAUUGAUGAAUUUAUACGGGAGAAGUCCAUAUCGGAAAAGAAUGAGAAAGUAAUGUGCUAUGAACCAAAAGGUGAACUUGUUGAAAAAAUUCAAGAACUAGAGCCAGAACCACAUCAAGAACCAGAACAGGAGAUGAAUGAAAUUAAGGCAUUACCACCACCAGAGGGAAUUCCUGAAGAAACAAAGAAAGAGAAACACGAAGAAGAAAAGAAAGAGGUCGCGAAAACCCAAGAAGUAGGUGACUUAUUGAACUUGGGUGAAGAUGGACCAACUACAGAAGAACAUGGAGAUCAAUUGGCUAUAGCACUCUUUGAUAGUGAUCCAGGAACUGAUGCUCCUCCUACAACCACUUUACCAUGGGAAGCAUUCAAAGAUUCAGGGGAUUGGGAAACAACACUGGUUCAGCAGACGAGCCAUUUGUCGAACCAGAAGGCUUCCCUUUCUGGAGGCUUCAACACAUUAAUGUUAGAUGGAAUGUAUCAACACGGAGCAGUAGCUCAGGUGGUGGCUAGCUCAGGUGUUGUAGCUACUGGAAGUGCUAGCAGUGUUGCGCUUGGAUCAGCUGGUCGGCCGGCAACUCUAGCCCUGCCUGCACCUCCAUCGGCCGAUGGCGGAGCUCACACUACAACUGGGACAAGCACUGAUCCUUUUGAAGCAUCACUGGUAAUAGCUCCACCAUCAUAUGUUCAGAUGUCAGAAAUGGAAAAGAAGCAGAGACUACUAGUAGAAGAGCAGGUAAUGUGGCAACAAUAUCAAAGGGAUGGAAUGCAAGGACAAGUAGGAUUAUCAAGAGCACAACCAACCCCAUAUGCAUACAACACGGGAGGUUACACAAAAACCUUCUAGAGGUUCCUUUAAUUAGAUACAGAAGGACGAUCUAUGGUCGUUCUCUUUGGUCUCCAAAAUUCAGUAAGUAAACAAAAUUGGUGAAAUUGUAAGGAGAAAAGAGGCAUUCGGGAAGAAGGAAUGGCGAAAGUUAUUCAAGCUCACAUUUAACCAAUGCCUUAUUUUCCUGCUCCACAAGUUAUAGAAUUUAGCUAUAACUUUUUCAAAUGUAAUAUAUGUCAGUUGCAGAACUACGUGUUAGAGAAGAUUCAUAUCAGAAUACAUAAUGUAAUAAAUUUCAAUCUUCACUUGUGUCGUUUUCCUCAUUUUCCUAUAUACAGUUAGCUCUGAAGAGACUAGUCAAUAAGACAUAUAUGGCAUACAAUG